AUGGAAGAAGUGAAAACUAUCAACCAAACGAACCAUCUCUGUGACGAAGAUUUACACAGAAAAUAUAUCCAGCUUCGAGAAUGCAUCGAACGGGAAAAGGAUGACAAGAACAACUGUCACGUGAAGGAAAUGAAAAAAUUGCUAAUCACUGCUUUGUUAAAAUAUAAGGCCAUAAAAUUUGGUGAUUUUAUUUUAAAAUCAAAGAGAAAAUCAAAAUAUUUUUUCUCAAGUGGAGUAUUAAAUAACAUCGUUUCUGCACACAUUAUUUCGUUUUUAAUUUCUCAUUUAAUUUUAAAGGAAAAAAUUCCCUUCGAUUAUCUGUUGGGGGCAUCUUAUAAAGGCAUUCCAAUAGCAACUCUAACUAGCCACUUCUUAUUCCAGUCGAAGAAAUUUGCAAAUGUUUUUUACCUGUACGACAGAAAGGAAAAAAAAGAUUAUGGUGACAAGACGCUCAUUGUGGGAAACUUGGACGAAGAGGUUAAUGGCGAUGUAAACAAUUCAAAGGAGGAUGGGAGCGAAAAAAAGGUAAUCAUAAUUGACGACGUCUUUACCUGUGGCACUGCCUUGACGGAGAUAAUGAACAAGCUAAAGUCAUACCCCAAUUUGAGGGUCGCCGCUUUCAUCGUUUUACUUAACCGAAAUGAGUACGAACUGAACGAGCACAAUGAGAAGGUGUACUUCAAAGAUUUGUUUGAGAAGAAACUAAACGUCCCUCUUUACAGCAUUCUCAGUUACAAUGAGGACCUGGAGCCCCUCAUGGGGUAG